AUGGCGGCCAAAUUGUCUGUGGUGGGGUGUCUGAUGCUGCUUGCUGGACUACUGGCUCACAUCGUCAGCUUCUGCAGCCCGUACUGGCUUGUGGUUAGUGGGGUGGACUAUGGCUUGUGGCAGAUCUGUGUUGGGAGAUCCUGCGUUUCUUUCCUCAUGGGCGAGACGAUGCUCACAGGAUAUUUCCACGCCGUGCAGGGCACGACAGCUUCCGGUCUUCUGUUCACCAUUGUGGCCUUUGUAAUAUCCGUGAUCAACGCCAGAGCCCCUCGUCCCAGACUCAGCCUCGUUCCUGGAAGCUUGGUCCUCAUAGCAGUUAUCCAGAUUGGAGUCGGCGUCCUCAUCUACGCCGUGAAGAACUGGAGUGUCUCCACGUCCCUGGGGUGGGCCUUCUACCUGGAGUGUGGAGCAAUCGGGGCUCUCGUCCUCGCCACCGUGCCACUCUUUAUCUCAGCAGCAGUGACAAGGUCCAAGUCCAGGGCUGUCGAUCUAACUGUCCGUUUUGCUGACGACCCCAACAGACCGACGACCGAACUGUGACGAUAGCUGUGUGUAAUUUCCGUUCUGGGAAGGAACAGACUUACAUAUCAUACAGUGACAAUACACCCCUGUGUAUCCUACAUCUACCUGGACGGAAGAAGAAACCUUGAACAGGACUAUUUGUUAGGAAUGAAUCAUGGUUUGGGUCUUCUAUACCCUGGAUAUAGUAAAGACUUUGGGUAGAAACGUAUUUGCUUGGAAUGCGAUACAUUAUCAAAACCAUGAUCCACAGUACAUGUAAUAAACCGUACUUCAUCCUUACGUCAUUUUAUUUAUUUAGUUAAACUGAACGGCAAAAGAACCAUUUUCGUUUCAAACCUGGUUACAAGUUCAUGCCUUAUCUUUUUCUUCAUUGAAUCAAUAUGAGUUACAUUACCUAUCAACAGAUGUUUAACGAACUGUUGGAAAUUACGAGUGAUGGUUAAAUGGCAUAGUCAAAAUUCUUUCAAUUUUCUA